UCACGCCUCAUGGAAGCGAUGUCGUUUAUUGAUGUGUGUUGUUACUUUCUACGUGUUCUUCACGACCACCGUAUCGGAGAGCGUGGCUGGCGGAUCGAGCGAUACUAUCAAAAAUGCACCAUAUUUGGUGUCCCUGAACACCGGAAAAUUCCGCCAACGUCAUUUCUGUGGAGGAGUAAUCAUAGCUCUCUCAUGGAUCCUCACGGCGGGUCACUGUAUGAGAAACGUUGGGCUCGAUGACUUCAUCGUUCGAGCUGGAUCAUCGUACAGGAACCAAGGUGGACAGAUUCGCAGUGUGAGUCGUGUUGUGGUCCAUGAGUAUAACAACCUCUUCAUUCGCAAUGAUUUCGACUUCGCUCUAUUGGAGCUGGAGUCACCACUCGCCCCUGAGGACACCACUUAUCCGGUACCUCUAACGGAUCGCAAUGAUCACCACGCUCCCGAAGAUAUAUGCUUCGUUGCUGGCUGGGGAAGGUCAGAAAGCUCACGUGGAUCCGUGAAACCGUAUCCGUAUGCGAAAUGUCAAAAAUUCUUUAUUACGGCCCAGAUCACGGAAGCAAAGAUAUGCGCCGGAGGAAGUGAGAUAAAUGCGUGCAAUGGUGAUUCCGGAGGACCAUUGGUAUGUAAUUUGAAGUUGACUGGAAUUGUUUCAUGGGGACGUGGAAAUACGUGUGGGAGUCCGUACAGUCCGUACGUAGUGUAUGGAAACGUUGCUAGAGCGAGGAACUGGAUUUCCGUGCACAGUGGUGUAUAGUUAGGAUAUAAUUUGAAGACAUUGAUCACACUAAGUAGGAAACAAACCAUCCAAUGGGGUGCUUUUCCAGCCUUCAGCUUAAAAUACGACUACGACUUAAACAAAAAGGCAUAACAUUUCAUGAGAACAUGUCAGAAAGGUACGACGUUUCUGGGCGUUUUAUAUCAUCAUAACAUACCUCAAGUGAAACGGUAUUAGUCAUGAAUGAUAUCUCUACAGAAAAUAGAAUUUAUAAUAGA